AUGCUCUAUCUCUUGGUUCAGGUUAAUGAAGGUGUUAAAUGUAUUAUUCCUGAGCGUAUAAUGAGUAUAGAGUCUACAUAUAAAUUUUUUGAACUUUUUGACUUAACUAUGUUAGGACAAUAUAAUGAUAGAGAACGCAAUAGCUAUGAUCGACUUUAUAAUGAAAUUAUUAAACUUUUCAAAGUUCAACAUGUUGGAUGGGUAGGUGGCUUACAUAAAACAAUAGGAAAAGCAUUCGUAAAUCGUCUUGCAAGUGCUCUUUGGUAUGUUGAUCCACAUCUUUCAACAUUAAGUGCACGUUUAUACCAUCUACCAGCUCUUUUUACACAGUUAAAAACUUAUCAAGAUAGUAAAUCAUAUAAUGAAUAUUAUCAUACUAGUCAUCAUAAGAAGAAUCUACUAUCUCAACAAAAACUUGCACAUCUUUCGAGUUCCCUUAAAAUUUCUAUUAGUCAACCAUGGGCAAGUAGUAAUAGAUGGAAUCAAGUAAUGCCUGCAGUUCUUUCUUUCAUUGAAAUUUUAAAAAAAUAUUCGAACUAUUUAAUUGCAACUACUUCUAGCAUGAAUGAACUUCAUUAUAGUAAUGAAAGUGCCCAUAGUCCUGGAAAUAACAGUACUAUGUAUCGAGUUAGUGCUUGUAAACUUCAUAAACUUAAAGACAAUUAUGUUCAACUGGAUGAUCUUUUAUUUGAAAAAUCGGUUUAUGAGCAUAUUUAA